UUGCUUGCUUUGCGGCUGUGCUCGAGGCCUUUCCGGGUGGUGAGGCUUUUCUCGGAGAUCGGAAGAGAGAUGGCGGCGGCGGCGACGGGGUCGGCGGCGGCGAAGGAGAUGGAGAAGAAGGUGGAGCUCAUGAAGGAGACAAGAGCGCACCAAGUGGCGAUCGCGGAGCUCGAAAGCCUGCAUCCCUCCCGGGCGGUGUACCAGAAGGCGGGCAACAUCUUCUUCCGUAAGAGCGUCAAAUCGGCGGUCGCGUCGGAGCAGAAGCAACUUGACUUGGCAAAGGAUCGACUGAACAAGCUGGAUCAGGCCUGAAGGAGCGGUGAUCACUACAAAUGUUGGCUCUCACAACACAACCAAGCUUACAGAUUUGAAUCAAAGAAUGCUUCGUCAUCGCUUCGUGCAAAUUUGCCUCAUGAGUUCUACGCUGAGUCAUGUGCACCUUAUCCACGUGUGAUGCUACUCUCGUUUGUUCGAGAUGAAAUGUUCCUGUGCUCCUGAAACUUGUUGGCAGGAUUUUACUUCCAUAGUUCCACUAGCUUUCUGUAGUGUGAUGCCAUUACAAGUUUGUUUGUAGCUGAUGACCGAAACAGAUAACGAAUUUCUCGACCAAUGUAGAGGUUUUUUGAA